GGUGCGCGCCGGUGGGCGGCGGCCUCCGCCAUGAACCCCCGGGGCCUGUUCCAGGACUUCAACCCGAGUAAGUUCCUCAUCUACGCCUGCCUGCUGCUCUUUUCCGUGCUGCUGCCCCUCCGCCUGGACGGCGUCAUCCAGUGGAGCUACUGGGCCGUCUUCGCCCCCAUCUGGCUGUGGAAGCUCCUGGUGGUCGCGGGCGCCUCGGUGGGGGCGGGCGUCUGGGCCCGCAACCCUCGCUACCGUACGGAGGGGGAGGCCUGCGUGGAGUUCAAGGCCAUGCUGAUCGCCGUGGGCAUCCACCUGCUGCUGCUCAUGUUCGAAGUCCUGGUCUGCGACCGGGUGGAGAGGGGCACGCACUUCUGGCUGCUGGUCUUCAUGCCGCUCUUCUUCGUCUCCCCGGUGUCCGUGGCCGCCUGCGUCUGGGGCUUCCGUCACGACAGGUCUCUGGAGCUGGAGAUCCUGUGCUCCGUCAACAUCCUGCAGUUCAUCUUCAUCGCCCUGAGGCUGGAUCGGAUCAUCCACUGGCCGUGGCUGGUGGUGUUUGUGCCCUUGUGGAUCCUCAUGUCCUUCCUCUGCCUGGUGGUGCUCUACUAUGUCGUGUGGUCCCUCCUGUUCCUGCGGUCGCUGGAUGUGGUGGCUGAACAGCGCAGAACACACGUGACCAUGGCCGUCAGCUGGAUAACCAUUGUCGUGCCCCUGCUCACAUUCGAGGUCCUGCUGGUUCACAGGUUGGAUGGCCACAAUACGUUCUCUUACAUCUCCAUCUUCGUUCCUCUUUGGCUCUCCUUAAUAACUUUGAUGGCUACAACAUUUAGGCGAAAAGGAGGCAAUCAUUGGUGGUUUGGUAUUCGCCGAGACUUCUGUCAGUUUCUGCUGGAGAUUUUCCCCUUUUUAAGAGAAUACGGGAAUAUUUCUUAUGAUCUCCAUCAUGAAGACAGUGAAGAUGCUGAAGAAACAGGUUCUGAAGCACCAAAAAUCGCUCCAGUGUUUGGAAAGAAAGCCAGGGUAGUUAUAACUCAGAGCCCUGGGAAAUACGUUCCUCCACCCCCCAAGUUAAAUAUCGAUAUGCCAGACUAAAACUCCCCUGCCAGGCAGGCCCUGUAAGUGAUAAAAAAAAAAAAAAAAACAUACACACAUACUUUGCUUUUCCCUUUGUUCAUCCAUCCCAAAGCUGGAACUGGAAAGAGGCACCAGACACCUUGUUUUAUGCCUGGUUUGAGAUGCCUGUCAGUGACUUGGCAGUGUGCACCACAGAGAGAAAGGGUUGUUUUAUCUGUAUGUGUGUGUGUGUGUGUGUGUGUGUGUGUGUGUAAAAGAGACAGAACUUGCUUUCCAGGUUGAUGUUUUCGAGCUAGCCAUGGCAGUAAGUGGACCUCUUUUCGUGGGUUCUCAGAAAGAAUACGCAGUCAUUUGUUGUUGUUGUUUUUUUUAAUGUGCUACUAUGCCUGUCAAAAGUAUUGUUUAAGAAAGUAUUUUUAUACACUGCUAGUCUUAAAAUUGUAUUUCAGAUUGUGCCUGUUGUGACAAAGGCAAGUGUACAGAAUUCUCUUUCCCAGCUUAUAGCUGUUAUUUCUAGCAUUCCUACUGUUAAAGUCAUUUUUCUUUGGGCUUUGCCUUUCCUGGUCUUUAAUAUUCAAAGAGGUGAAUUUUUGUAAUGGAGUGAAAGUGUGCAUAUAUAGUAUUUAUAUGGACAUAAGCAAUUUAUGUUGAAUAGUUCUCCAAAGUACAGUGUAUUACGUUAAAGUAUUUUUUUAAGUUUCUAUGUGAAGAUAUAUAUCUAUUGCGGAAGUCCUUAAAGGCUGCAUAAAAUGUUAAUUCAUGCCUGGUGUGAGAUCCUGUCAAAGGCGGAGGCGGGGAUAUGGGAAAUGAAAAGCCCUUGGAUCUGAGUGUUCAGGUGAGAGGGCUACUACACAGUGCCAUUAGUAGAGGGAGUAGCCAGCGCCCUUUGGGAAUAGUGGCAUGCCCCUUUGUGGUACCAGGCUAUAAAGGACACUUGUUUACCACUGUGACUCUCCUCACUGUAGGAGCAACCAAAAUAAAUGAGUCAGUGUGGUCAUUUCUAAGGAUCUUCGUGGUUUGCCAUCAUGUAAAGUGUCACUUGUCAUUGAAAGCUGGAGAAGUGACCUUAACAAAAAUGGCAACAGGAUACUUUAAGACUUAAUUUAAGAAUUCAGGUUAUUUUUAAGAUAAGUACGAUGUUCUUUAGGUACCUGGCCCCACCAAGGGGAUCAGAAGGGCAAAAGCCAGUAAUGUUCUGACUGGGAACAAUAAAUACUUGAGAAAGGAA